ACGGGCUUCCAUACAAAUGAAUGCAAAAUUUAUAUAUAUUUUUAUUACAAAAAACUCACAUCUGGAGAAAGUCACCUCACCAAUUUGGACACGUGUCUCCAGGAACUUUGCGCAUUUAAUUUAAAUGAAUGCAAGUUUCAAUUAUAUUGAAUGCAUAAAGAUGUCAUUCUCCCUGUGCAACAUCACCUCUGACAUCCAGUUUUCACACUGACACAUAAAAUCAAGAAAUAACGUAGUUGUUGAAAGGCUUUUAUUGUGAAAGUGAACGAUGUUAUGCCGGAAGUGCGUCAAGUUGCUAACGCUACGCUGGUAGCGUUCAUCAACUGGCACAUGUUACAAAAUUUUACUUAGAAUUAUGCAAACGAGGAGAGGCCUGUGCGAGACUGAAAUUUGACUUUUAUAAACUUAAUAAAGUUUAUUUCACAAGCGUAGAAAGACGUUUCAAUGUGCUCCGAUAGUUGAUGUUACACUGGAUUGUUGUGGGUAAAGCUAGCUAGCUUUCAUGAGCUCCUCUCCUGGUGAUGUUCCUGCUGAUUGUUAAGAGACUGGAAAAGCGUUUGCUAUCACGUACAAAUUAAAGCGUGAAUCCUAAUGGCUGCUCUGCGCCGACUCCUGUUACACCGGGUUUCUGUGACCCAGAAACAGGGUUCAGGUCUGACGCAGCUCAGCAGGUUGGCAUCCACUCUGUGGAAACCUCCAACCAGCUCAUUUAUGAGAGGAACGGCUAUCUGCAGCUCUGUGGAUAAAAACAUAGGGCAUCCAAGUAUUUCUUGCUCUAAAAGCUACUCGAGUUCAUCUCAGGAUGGUGCAUCGCGAGUGAAGAGAGUUUCUAUCGAGGGAAACAUCGCUGUUGGAAAGUCAACCUUUGCAAAAGUCCUGCAGUCGGUUUCUACGGACUGGGAGGUGGUGCAAGAGCCUGUCGGUAAAUGGCAAAAUAUUGAGAUCAAGACCUCAAAGGAAAUAGAUACUUCACCCGGAGCAAUAGUCAGCAACUUGCUGGAGAUGAUGUACCAGGAUCCUCAGCGUUGGUCCUACACAUUUCAAACAUAUUCCUGUGUGAGCCGAAUGAGGACACAGCUUCAGCCCCCUCCUGCUCGUCUUCUCAACGCAAAGGAAACGCCCGUCCAGAUGUAUGAGCGCUCGGUCUACAGUGACAGAUACAUCUUUGCUCUGAAUAUGUUUGAACUGGGCUGCAUCAACGCCAUUGAAUGGGUGACCUACCAGGACUGGCACUCCCUGAUGGUGGAGCAGUUGGGCCACCGGGUGGAGCUGGAGGGCAUCAUCUACCUCAGAGCCUCACCCAAGAUGUGCAUGGAGCGUCUGAAGUCACGGGGAAGAUCUGAGGAGGAGGGAGUGAAGCUGGAGUACUUGGAGACGCUGCAUAGGCAGCAUGAGAAGUGGCUGGUAGAGAAGAGUACUGAGAUACACUUCGAGAAGUUGAAAAAGAUACCUGUGUUGCAGCUUGAUGCCAGUGAGGCAUUUGAUAGAGAUCCCAAAGUGCAGGAGCUGUUUAUUGCAAAGGUGAAGGACUUCUUUAAAACUUUGUGAGAAGAUUCAGCUGAACAGUCGCUAACGGAGGGCAACAAAAGACAUCAAAAUAACACAGAAGAGCAACGUACAACUGUAUUUAUUAAAGUGCACACAGUAUGUCUAUAAAUGAAUGUUUCACUUCUAAUGAUUCUGUUACAUUUUUUUAAUUAAAGUUCCAGUUGUUUGUUAGUUCUAACAACACUGUUUUCCAACCAGAAUUCUUGAACUGUAUAGUUAUCUGUUAAAAUAUUUAUUUUUCCAAACAAUAAAUGGAGAUGAAUCCAGCUGUUUUUAUACCAAGUAAUCAUUAUAUAAGCGCUAAAGAAUUACUGUGAAAAGUGCCACAAAGUGUUUAGUGAGGAUCUGUAUAUGUGGAUUUCUUAUACAUUCACUGAAUAAAAAUGUUUUUUGUUGUUUUUUUUAA